AUGUUGCUAGUUUCCCCCUUGCUGCUAAUAUGCGCUCUGCUGCCAUGGGCAACACACGCGAUGCGGCAAGACCGCCUGCAGCGGCUGCGCCAGGAAACGGUGGACAUGUUCUAUCAUGGGUAUAGCAACUACAUGAAGCAUGCGUUCCCAGACGACGAACUGCGACCCUUAAAGUGCGCCCCUCUGACCCGAGAUCGAAGCAACCCCGGCCAUAUUGGACUGAACGACGUCCUAGGGAAUUACUCCCUAACCCUCAUCGAUAGCCUGUCCACACUUGCCAUCCUUGCCGGAGGACCCCAAGAUGGAUAUACCGGACCCCAGGCGCUGAGCGACUUUCAGCAUGGAGUGGCCCAGUUUGUGGAAUAUUACGGAGACGGCCGGCCAGGACCCUCUGGUCUUGGACGUCGGGCGUUCGGUUUCGAUCUCGACAGCAAGGUUCAGGUCUUUGAAACGGUGAUCCGGGGAGUCGGCGGGCUUCUCAGCGCACAUCUAUUCGCUGUCGGAGAGCUGCCAAUUACUGGAUACGAUGCUCGAACAGAAGGCCCCCCCAGCAGCGAUCCUCUGGAACUGGCCCCUAUACACUGGCCCAAUGGCUUCAAGUACGAUGGACAGUUGCUGAGACUUGCGCUGGACCUCGGCCAAAGGAUCCUCCCUGCAUUCUACACCGACACAGGCAUCCCGUACCCCCGCGUCAACCUCCGGCACGGAAUCCCAUUCUACACCAACUCGCCCCUCCACCGUGUGAUGGGCGAAGCGGAUCUUCCCGAAGUCCAGGAGGUCACAGAGACGUGCAGCGCUGGAGCAGGCAGCCUGACUCUCGAGUUUACCGUCCUCAGCCGACUGUCCGGCGACCCUCGCUUCGAGCAAGCAGCUAAGCGGGCUUUCUGGGAAGUCUGGGGCCGGCGAAGUGAGAUUGGUUUGAUCGGAAACGGCAUCGAUGCGGAGCGUGGGUCAUGGAUUGGUCCUCACUCUGGGAUUGGUGCCGGCAUGGACAGCUUCUUCGAAUACGCCCUGAAAAGCCAUAUUCUGCUCUCUGGAAACGAUAUGCCAAAUGUGUCGACGUCUCAGAGGGAGAGCAGCACAAAGUGGCUGGACCCCAAUUCUCUUCAUCCCCCUUUACCAAGCGCGUUGCAUUCAUCAGACGCAUUCCUGGAAGCAUGGCACCAGGCCCAUGCCUCCGUCAAGAGAUAUCUCUACACCGACAGAAGCCAUUACCCAUACUACUCAAAUGGACACCGUGCUACUGGUCAACCGUACACAAUGUGGAUUGACAGCCUGGGUGCUUUCUACCCUGGUCUUUUAGCCUUGGCAGGCGAGCUUGAUGAAGCCAUCGAAGCAAACCUCGUUUAUACCGCUCUUUGGACACGCUAUGCGGGUCUGCCAGAACGAUGGUCAGUUCGUGAGAACACCAUUGACGGGGGGCUUGGCUGGUGGCCGGGUCGUCCCGAGUUUAUCGAGUCGACAUAUCACAUUUACCGCGCUACAAAAGACCCCUGGUACCUAUAUGUUGGCGAAAUGGUCCUCAGAGAUAUCAAGCGGCGAUGCUACACCCCUUGUGGGUGGGCUGGCUUGCAAGAUGUCCGGACAGGAGAAAAGUCAGAUCGCAUGGAGAGUUUCUUCCUCGGAGAGACGGCAAAGUACAUGUACCUGCUGUUCGACCCAGAUCACCCUCUGAACAACCUUGAUGCGGCAUACGUCUUCACGACAGAGGGGCAUCCCCUCCUCAUUCCGAAAAAGGCUCGGUCGAGAUCGAGCAACGCGCCUCCUUCGACGAAAGCAGCCGUCGCCGUGUACCAAUAUUACGACGAGAGCUUUACCAACUCAUGUCCCGUGUUUCCCGUCGCUGAUCCGAUCUCUGGCUCAGCAACCGCCGCCCGGCGAGACCUAUUCCACGUCGCCCGCUUCACAGACCUACACAACACUCCCAACCUCCAUGGCCCAGUUGAGACUAUUGAAGUUGACGACAAGGAUAAGGGACGGGUGACUCGAUACAGGGCCAAGACCAACUAUACCCUCUUCCCGUGGACGCUCCCCCCAACCAUGCUUCCGCACAACGGCACUUGCGCAGUGCCUGUGGAACGCGUGCAGUCGUGGAUCGAGUUCCCGGCCAGUGAAAAUUCCGGCACGCUAGUAACGCGCUUUGGGUCCUCACUCGUGUGGAACUCUCACAAGGGCCCCACAGUCAAGAGCUUACAGGGCAUGCGAUUCCAGUUGGAACGACAGUAUGAUGAAGAGUUCGGGGAUGAGGCGUGGAGGAUUACUCACGCGGGCACGACACAGCUUGGGCGCCAUGAAACCGUCUUCUUUCAUGCUGAGCAUGUUCGCCAUAUGAAAGACGACGCAUUUUCCUGCAUCCGGCGUAAGGACCUGGUGGAAAUUGAUCUCAUCAUGGACAUCCCUCAAAAGCACAAUGCCAGUAUGCCAUUACCAGCGGACGGCGUCAAUGCAUCAUCUAUCAAGGCUGGGGCCGAAAUCGACCCCAUGCCUAAUCCCUCUGAGUCGCUUUUCAAGUCCCUUCUCCGGGCCAUGACCUCCGUCUUUGAACCCGCAUACACGGAGGUCCCGGAGUCGGAGACGGACGGGCCCGGACCCACCAUCCUCCGUUGGUCCGCCUACACAGCCACCGGCCUCGGCGCGUUCCCCCUCCCCUCCAUCCCUGACACUCCAAUCAUCGGCUCGCCCACCUACAGUGCCAAGAACCCGCUUGCAAACUUCCCUUGGACAACCGUCUAUCUCGCCGGGCAUGCCUGUGACGCACAGCUGCCCGACGCCGCACCACGAGAACACCAGGUCAUCGUCAUGCGCCGCGGCGGCUGCUCCUUUAACCAGAAGCUAGAGCGCAUCCCCAGUUUCUCUCCAAAUCCAAGCUCUCUACAGCUCGUCAUUAUCAUUGACGAAGGCCCAGAUAAUGAGGAAGAAGGUGACAACAUGAUAAGGCCGCUACUGGCUGAGGCGCAACUGACUCCCAGUGGAAUGAAGCGAUUCAACGGCUUGCCCCUAGUUCUAAUGCGCACAAAUAAGGGAGAUUAUGCGCGAUUCGGCGCGGCCAAGGGCGUGGGGAUGCGUAGGAAGUAUAGGAUUGAAAGCCAGGGACUGUUCGUUGAGAACGCUAUUGUUUUGUAA